AUCAUGGAGACCCAGAGGGCCAGCCCUUCGCUGAGACACUGGGCACUGUGGCUACUGCUCCUGGGACUAGUGCUGCCCUCGGCCAGCGCCCAGGCCCUCAGCUACAGGGAGGCCGUGCUUCGUGCUGUGGAUCAGCUCAAUGAGCAAUCCUCAGAACCUAAUAUUUACCGUCUUCUCGAGCUGGACCAGCCUCCUCAGGAUGAUGAAGACCCAGACACCCCGAAGCGGGUGAGCUUCAGGGUGAAGGAGACCGUGUGUUCCAGGACCACCCAGCAGCCCCCGGAGCAGUGUGAAUUCAAGGAGAAUGGGCUGCUGAAACGGUGUGAGGGGACAGUCACCCUGGACCAGGUCAGGGGUAACUUCGACAUCACCUGUAAUAAUCACCAGAGCAUCAGGAUUACAAAGCAACCAUGGGCACCUCCACAAGCAGCCCGAGUAUGUCGCAUCGUCGUGAUAAGGGUUUGCAGAUAAUCAGCGCUUGAAGAUUUCCAUCAUAAGGCAGAGAAGAGUCCUAAGGGUUUUCUUGCUCUGCCU